CUGUCUCAGGGCCGGCUGCCUCCUCGGAGCCUGGCCAACGAUAUGUUCACCGGCUACGCGCCCGAGCGGCUCUACACCGAGCAAGCCACGAUCAUGGAGAUGAUCUGUGCUAGCCCGUGCAUCACCACGCUCGUCUGCAUGACCAUGGAGACCCGGUACCGCAGCGAGGCCAUGCCGCUCGAGGGCCAAGCCCACAUGGCGCGACACCGCCUUGGGGCGCGGGGCAAUGCCCUUACCUUUCCUCUGGCUUGGGAAGACCUCCUGCGGCACCUCCAAGACCACAACGAUGGCCCCGACGCGGAAGGCUUGCCGGAGCCCCCGCUGCUCCCUCGCUCCGGCCGCGAGCUAGCGGCGGACAAACUGCCCGAGAACGGCGUGCCGCCGGAGGUAUUGAAGGUAAUCGGCGAAAUCGACGACGCGGCAGAGGAUCGCCUGCAGCCGCAGAAAGCUGCCACGCCAUGCGACGGAAGGCAGCAAGAUCUCGCCGCCGCUGGUGCCAUCUUCGCAGCGCAGCGUGCCCGGGCCAUCGUACCCGAGGGCCACAGCGUCGACCGAGACGACCAGAACGCGGUGUCGAAGGCGACACUGGACGACCUGCACCGCCAGAUGACGUCAAAGACCAAUACUCCAGAGAAAGCAGCCCAGACCUUCGAGCCGCUCUACUUUGCCACCGCCUUCUGCUUUCUGUUCAAGCACGGCACCGCGUGCCCCGACGUCUGGCGCCCAUCCACGUUCUCCGAGGUGGCGCUCACCCGCCGCGCCAGAGACCCGGAGGCACCGGUGAUCAAUGUGCAAGAAUGGGCGGCCGCGAUGCAGAGGCGGGUGGAGGCGCAGUUCCGCCGAGACUGGACUUUCGGCUUCACGUUGUGGAACUACCUCUUCCGCACCAUGGUCAACAAGAGCCGGAAUGCCUUCAUGCAUGUGGAUGCGAGUAGCAGCGUCGACAACCUCACCAUCCUCAGAGCCGUCAAUGAAAUAUAUAAGCACUUGCAGAGCGGCCAAUAUCGAGACAUCAACGGCGAUCUGAAGCCGGUGGGCGGGGUCCUCUCCAGACUCCACUUCGUCGACGGCCUCUCUGACAUGGCCAACAAGGUGCUGAACAACUGCGAAGCUCGUACCCGGCACAUCCCCGGCACGCACGAGGUCCGGACGACCAUGCGGCACCAGACGCACUCCUACAGGGUCUCGCACGGGCUCUCCGUCUUCGUGACCUUCUCUCCGUCCGAGCGGGACUCGGCACUCAUGCUCCGCCUGGCCCGUGUCCGCAGGACCGACCCGUCGCUCAUCCACGAUGGCUCGAGAAGCCUUCAGGCCAAAGACAAGCCCGCCUUGGACGUGGAGUUCUUCAGACUGAGCCCGGAAGCCUUGGCCGCCGAGCUGCCGCCCUACGACGAGCGGCGAGCGGCGCUGGCCCGCGACCCGCUCGCCUGCCUCGAGGGCUUCCGCACCCUCGUGCUGCUCACACUCCGGCACAUCUUUGGCGUGCGCUUCUGUCCGCGCUGCCCCGACUGCGCCGUGUCCGACACGCCCUGCACCGAUGCCUUCGGCAGCAAUGCCACCGCCUGCGGCGGGGUGCUGGGGCGAGUCGAUGCCAUCUACGGAUCCAUCGAGGCACAGAAGAGCGGCGUGCUCCACGCGCACAUGCAGCUGUUCAUCCAGUGCCUGCAUCAGUUCGCGCCGCUCGGGGAUCUUGCGGCUGCGGGCUCGGAGCGCAUACGUGCUCUUCUGCAGCGCUACAGUUCCUACACGGCCCACGUCCGCCGCAGCGUGUACUGCGACCCCACCGCGUGGCAGCGGAAGCGUGCCGAAACCGAAGCUGAAUGGCCCGAGUACCGCAGCUCCACCCUGGCCUUGAGCCGCCCGGCGUACCAGAGCGACGCGGCACUCGAUGCAGCGAGCUGGCGGCAGCGCUUCUUGGCAGAGGACGUCGAGCAACUCCAGCAGCUCAAGCAGCACCAC